AGUGAUGGCGCGGUGCCGGCGGCUGCUGCUCAUUACCGCCACACGUUUCGCGGACGCCGGUCGACCGUUCCCGUCGUCAUCGUCGCACCUCACACCACGAACACACGCGCUCCAUACAACACUUCUCACGCCGUCGUCGCGCGCUUUAUUUUAUUCUGUCGUCCGUCCCGACGGUUUUCACACGAUUUAUUUUAAUUUUUUAUUUUUAUCACUGUCGUCUGCGCCACGGAAUAAAAAUUUAUAAACGUUUUUUCGAAAUUUUUAUUCUCCCGCCGAUAUUUUUGUGCGUAUUUGUGCACUUGUGCCGUGUCGUUAUUAACAAUUAUACAUACGUUUUGACAUUUAUUUAUUUUUUGUAUUUUGAAUAAUUUUUAUUUUUACUUGUCUUGUGUUAACUCGUUUCUUUUUUACGGAACUCAUUUUUUGCCAAUCUUCUGGCUCAUUCUGACAUGGUUGAAGAAUCAACAAGAAUCAACGUUUGAACAAUCCUGUCAUCUGCGAAUACACAUCAGACCGUAUAUUUAGUCGUCGUCGUACCCCAGGAGUACGAGUAGCGGAAGAAGUAGCGGCCUAUUUAGCGCCCGCUUGCAAACAAAUCACCUAUCAUUUUUAAAAUAUAAAAACACCCUGAACGCGUCAUGGAGGUGGGUCUGAAGAAGGACUCGCCCAUUACAUACAGCAACGGAAAGCGUCUGUUCACCAUCGACCAGAAGGUGGACGCGCUGGUCCGCAUCAAGAUGACUGGUUGUUCAAAGGCCGAAGUGGCCAGGAGCCUACACGUGGCUGAGUCCACGUUCCGCGGCUGGUUUAAGAACAAGGACAUUGUCAUGAAGGCAGAGGCCAAAUACAACGAGAUGAAGUCUAAGUCUUCGUCCACGUCAUCGGAUGGCUACAAGUCGGACGACAAUUCUAAAUCAUUUUCUGUCGACGGCUCAGACAACAACUCAUCGACAUACACAGAUGAGCGGGAAGGAAGCUCGUCACGGUUCAGCAGCCCAGAUCCGUGCGUUUCCAAUUCAGUUCGCCGCAGUCCCGAGAGACUUCAUCACCACCAACAGCAUCAUCACAAGCUCAAGCUGAAAAAACAACAGCUCAACAAUACCAUGACCUUGAACAACAACAACAAUGUUGGUGGUGGCCUGCUCGGUAGUGGUUUGAUUGGUACCGGUCUCAACGCUGGUCUCAACGCUGGCCUUAAUGCUAGCCUCAGCGCCAGCCUCAACGCAGGAUUCAACGCAAGUCUCAGUGCAAGUUUUAACGCAAGCCUCAGUGCUGGUCUCAACGCAAGUCUCAGUGCCGGUCUCAACGCAAGUCUCAGUGCCGGUCUUGGCGCAGCUGGACUUGGUGGCGGCCAUGGCGUCGGUGGCUUAAAUGGUGGUCUCAGCCUUAAUCAGCAACAGCAACAACUGCAACACCAUUUGACGCAGCUUGCCCAUCACCCGCUCCAUCACAAUAUGUCGUCACUUGGCGGCCUCAAGAGCAGCAACGUCGCCGCCGCAGCAGUUGCCGCCGCCGCCGCAGCCGCAGCGGCCGCCGAUCACGCGAGUCUCAGACUGAGCCCCAUUGAAAUCCAUAACAAGAUCAACAAUUACUUUGGCCCGUCCUCAUUGCCGGUGCCCCCGCUACCAGGUUCAAUCAACUAUCUAUCUCCGGAUUUCACUGCGGAAAAUUCCUACAACAAGUCGAGUUUCAUCAACACUAUGGUGACGGCCACGCUGAUGGAGCCGCAGGCAUUGGACCUGUCCAUGCACUCGAGGAAUAAGUGUAAGGAUUGCAAACCGUCAUUAACCACAACCAUGGUCACAAACACCACCACCACUACACAACCGAGCUCGAAAAUACUGAGGCACAAUUCUUACAGAAACCUGUACAAGCCGUAUAAUAGCAGGUGCACCGACGACAUCGUACAUACUAGACAAGGUAUUAACCCCAGGAACCCAUUGUGGCAAUUGUAAACCAAAAAGAAAAAACCUAAAGAUACACGUCGUCCACAUCUUAUUCAAAACACAGAAGAAAAAAAAAUUACAAAAGGACGACGAAUUUACCUAUCCGCAUCUCUCAGAAUCAAACUGUAAACAUUUUUAAAAAAACAAAACACUAUACACUGUAACUCACUAAUUUCCGGACAAAUGUAUUAUCAUAUAAGAUAUAUAUAUACAUAUAUAUCUUAUAUAUAAUACGUAAUUAUCAAUUUGAACACAUAUAUAUUUUAUAUGUUAACGUAUUGACGUUUAUAAAUGUAAAUAUUAAAGAAAACCACUAAAGACAGUGUCAGUUUUGUUUUUAUACAUAUAUUUAUAUAUGUGUAAUUUUAAGUAAUUUUUUUUAGUAUUUUACUAUAUAAGUCUAUGUUCGGUACGUUCGUAUAAUACAAGCGGAGUAAAUCAUUUUUAACAUAUUCUAUAGACAUUUAAUAAGAACAAUACAAUUGUAGUCAUUUAUUUAUUAUUAUAAUAUAUUAUAAUAAUCUUUUUUUUAUCAAUUUUUUCAUUGCUAUAGACUAUAUACAUUAUUACUAUAUUGUUAUUGUUGUUGUUUGUGUUUCCUUUUCGUUUUUAAAAUCGCAGGAUUAUGAUAUUAUUGUACACGCAUUGUCUUAACCGAACAACUUAUCAAUGAUUUAUAUUUUUAGUAUUAAUAAUGAUACAUAUGUAUAAUAAUAUAGAUAAAAUGCGAAUUCUAUAUUAUAUAUAUAUAUUGCUUGAAUCCUAAGUUUAGCAUUAUUGCAAUCUGUAACAUAAAUAUUAUGUUAGUUAUAUUUGGUACAGUGGCUAGUUCACGGGAUUGCCAACAUGGGAGUAAGAGCAACCCGUGUAUGAAAGCUAAUCUGUUAUUAUUUUUUAAAAUUGAUAUUUUUUAUUACUGUAGUUCAGUAUGAGAGUGAAACUCGUUUGCGGGUCGCAGGGUAGACCAGUGGCAAGACAAACAUUGAAUACUUUAAGUAUAGGUACACCACGAAGUGUAGUUUAUUUUUGUAAGACCUUUGAAAUCCUAAGGUUUUGAAAACCUCGGUACGUUUUACCACUAACUAUAAUGACUCGUUGACAUUUUUCAGUACUUUUAUUAUAUUUUUUAACACAGUGUUUUCUUCAGCGUUAUCUUGAGCGUUCAACCAGAAAAUGUCUAGUUCUACUCACCAUCUCUUCAAAUGUUUAUAUUAUAGUUUACUAUAUUACUCACGUCAAAAAUUAACUUUUAGAAAAACUUUCCUAUCUAUCUAAAUAGUCCCAAAAGAAAAUUUGUCAUUGUAAAAAAAAUUCGUACUAGUUCCGCUGAAUAAAUAGGGCAAAGGCAUAAAAUGUAAUUAAUCAUUGCAAUAUCCAUUGCAUUUUUCUUCUGAAACCCCCCUAAAGCUUAUAAUGUAGGAAAUUUAAUAAAGUUACUUACACAAAAAUCACGGUUUUAGUAGAAUAUUUAAAUGUUUCGUCGCCACUGGUUCUCGCUCUUGACCGGCAGUAAGUUAUAUGGGAUGUUAUGAAUUAUUUGUUUAGUUACAGCAACCCUAUAUAACACAGAAUGUUAAGAUUAUUUGUUUAGUUACAGCAUUGAUUUUAUUAUAAAAUCAAUGUUAACAGUAAAGACGUGAACAUAUUUUAUACUAUGGUUCAUGAGUGAUUUGAUGGCAAAUGGGAUAUGAUUACCUACCUAACAAAAUAUAUUAUAUACUGUAAAAGUCUGUAUACAUACUGUAUACUACUAUAAACACAAACUAACCGCAUGUGCAUAUGUACAUGACAUUGUGGUUGACUGAAAAUCGCUAAGAUCGUCAACAUUUAUUUUAUAUUGUCUUUUUUUUUUUUUUUUUAAUAGCCUUUGUUUAUCAAAGUAUUAUAGCUCGACAGUUAUAAUGAUUGUCCUUUUAUUUCUUAAUAUAUUUAUAGGUUAUUUAGCUAAACUAAAAUUACACAGGCAUACUAUUAUAACUAUUGUGUCUGUGUUUGAUUGGCUAAAUCAUCUAGUUUUAAUAUAUUCUUAAGUAUUUAUAUCUUUAUUUAUAUUUACUGUUAAUACCAUUUAAUGUUAGGAUUACCAUAAUUCACUCAUGUUUGUGUACAAUAUAUUUUAAUGUAUUAUUAUUUAAUAUUAUUAUUAUAUAAUGUAUAAUGUAUACCUAUAUAAAUAUAUUUAUUUAUUUUUAUUUUUUUUUUCUGUACAUAAAUUGAUCAA